UCACGUUCUAUUUUGCAAAAUUGAAUUUUUCCACUUAUUCUUUGUACAAACUAAUAAUAAUAUUGUAAAAACGAUAAUUGGAAAUAUAAAUUAUAAACACUUAUUUUUAUUCGUCAAGUAAUUUAAGACAAUGACCAACAACGGCGAUUUGAUCCUGUGUUAUAAUCGCGGAUGUACCUUAAAAUUUGAUCCAAACAAAAACCCAGAAGGCUCCUGUACCUUUCAUCCUGGCGAACCGUUUUUCCACGACGCCUACAAAGGCUGGAGUUGCUGCAAGAAAAAGUGUACGGAUUUCACCGAAUUCCUCAAUAUAAAAGGUUGCACGAAAGGCUGUCAUAACGGUACCAAACCAAAAGAGCCCGAAAAGUAUGUUCCUGACAAGGAUACCAAGGACGACGUGAUUGAAUACCACGCUCCAAAACCUGUGUCGUUACCCAGACCACCGGCUGACUCGCCGAUGACGUGCUUAAAACCAACUGUAUCACCUAAUUUGUUGCAACAAAUAUCUGCACUCAACGUAGGUAGCAGCAACGCGAGUGAUUCCACCGACCUAACAGACGUGCCGGUCGGCACAAUGUGUAAGAACAACGGCUGUAAACAGGCGUACGAAGGUCCUAACGAAAAAGCCGUUAAUAAAACAUGUAAGAAUCAUCCCGGAGUACCGAUUUUCCACGAAGGCAUGAAAUAUUGGUCGUGUUGCAAUAAGAAAACUUCAGAUUUCAAUGUUUUUUUGGAACAAGCCGGGUGUUCCGAGGGAGAACAUUGCUGGAUAAAAGACACGAAAACUCAAGGACAAACCAAUUGUCGUUUCGAUUGGCAUCAGACUGGUCCGUGGGUGGUAGUAUCGAUUUUCGCCAAAAAGUACAAUCCAAACAAAUCGGUAGUACGAUUGUCUGCCGUCGGUCUGUCCGUUGAAUUGUAUUUCCCAGCCGAAAAUUCCGUGUUCGCCAAAAAUAUAGAAUUAUACGGCAUUGUGGAUGUAGACAGCAGCGUCGUGUCCAUGUUACCAACUAAAGUGGAGAUCAAACUGAAAAAAGCCGAAGCAAUGUCUUGGGGUCGAUUGGAUUAUCCGAAAAUCAAUAAAUCAUUGAACGGUGCUGCGUCCAAGGAUCCAAAAUCGAACCACAAAGACAAUAGUAACGACUGUUAUGUAGAAAGCGUAGAUCUGGGCGACCUUUAGAUUUUUUAUAACUGUUUUUAUUUUGAAUAUUAUAAAAUAUUAAUUGAAACAAAGCUGAUUAAGAAUAGAUUUAAAAACCAUGUAGUUCUUGUCAUUAUUUUUUAGAAUUUUUUUUUUAAGAUAUGUCAUCGAAUGUACUUUUUCACGUGUGAAACGUCGUAAAUAUAUUGUAAUUAUUAUUAUAAAUAUUGCUAUCGUUUGUUUUUCCCCAAAAAAUUUUACCCCAACUUAAACCCAAUACAGACACGUAAACGGACAGUUUAAAAACAAUAAUCACUCGAGUUUGUUAUUUUAUUUAUUUUUAUU